AUGAAGGGCGCCAUUUUCGCCUCCGCCGCCGCCGCUUUCGUGGGCUCUGCCCUGGCCAGCGACGGCAUCCACCGCCGCCACGAGGCCCUGCACCAGCGUCACGAUGCCGCGAGCGUUGAGACUAGCAUCCCCGCGUCCUCGAUCGUCGCCUCGUCCGUGAUCGCCAGCGCCCCGGCCAGCUCCCCGACCCUGGGUGGCGGCCAUGAGGUCUGUGGUUGCACCACCAAGGUCAUCACCUACUACGGCUCGCCGACUCUGGCCCCUAUCUCGACGGCCACUCCCGCCCCGGAGUCGACUACCACCUCGACCACCACGGUCCACUCGACCAGCACCAGAACCCUGACGGUCACGGUCACCCCGACCCCGUCUUCGUCUGAGGCUCCGGCUCCCUCGACUGAGUCUUCCCAGGCCCCGGCUCCCUCGACCGAGUCUUCCCAGGCUCCGGCUCCCUCGACUGAGUCUUCCCAGGCCCCGGCUCCCUCGACCGAGUCUUCCCAGGCUCCGGCUCCCUCGACUGAGUCUUCCCAGGCCCCGGCUCCCUCGACCGAGUCUUCCCAGGCUCCGGCUCCCUCGACCGAGUCUUCCCAGGCCCCGGCUCCCUCGACCGAGUCUUCCCAGGCUCCGGCUCCCUCGACUGAGUCUUCUGAGGCUCCGGCUCCCUCUUCUGAAGCCCCGGCCCUGAGCAGCAUCAUCCCCAGCGUGCCGGCCGUGUCCCUGCCCACCCCCGCUGUGACCAACUUCCCCUCGACUGGUGUUUUCACCAUCCCGGCCAACACCGUGACCGUCACUAAGAGCACCACCGUCUGCGGUGCUACCUCGACCGCGCUCCCCAGCGGCAAGCACACCAUCGGCCAGGUGACCACCGUGGUCUCGACCGCUACCACUGUCACCUGCCCCUACGCCACUGUCAAGCCCAGCGGCUCGACCUCGACCAGCGUCAUCGAGACCACCACCUACGUCUGCCCCUCGUCUGGCACCUACACCGUCGUGCCCGGCACCACCACCGAUAUCCCCAGCAGCACUGUGGUCAUCUACCCGACCCCGCACACCCUGACCCCGGGCACCUACACCCAGACCGAGUCCACUGUGACUGUCACUGACACCAAGUCCACCUAUGUCUGCCCCUACGAGACCGGUGCUCCUACCAGCGCCCCGGCUCCCGCUCCGGCGACUACCACCUCCGCUGCUCCCGCUGAGACCCCCUCCAGCGAGCCCAGCAGCCAGCCCUCCGGCGGCUCCACCGUCCUUGGGGAGGGCAAGUACGGUAUGACCUACUCGCCUUACAGCUCCGACGGUGGCUGCAAGACCAAGCAGGAGGUUCUCAAGGACAUCAAAGACGUCAAGAGCAAGGGAUUCAACCUCGUCCGCGUCUACUCGACCGACUGCAGCAGCCUGGAGUUCAUUGGUGAGGCCUGCAAGCAGCUCGGCCUGGACAUGAUCAUCGGUGUCUUCAUUGAUGAGAAGGGCAUCCAGGGUGCUCAGAAGGACGUCUCGGCCAUCACCAACUGGGGACAGUGGGACAUGGUUAAGCUCAUCGUCGUCGGUAACGAGGCGAUCCAGAAUGGCUACGCCACUGCCGGUGAGCUGGCUGGCUUCAUCAAAUCGUCUAAGCAGACCUGGGAGGCCAAGGGCUACAAGGGCCAUGUGACCACCACCGAGCCCGUCAACGUGUGGCAGAGCAACAAGUCUCUGUGCACGGCUGUCGACGUGGUCGGUGCCAACAUCCACCCCUUCUUCAACGCCCAGACCACCGCCGAGCAGGCCGGUGAGUUUGUUGCCAAGGAGUUCAAGCUCCUGGAGAGCAUUUGCGGCCAGGACAAGGACAUCCUCAACCUGGAGACCGGCUGGCCCACCCAGGGUCAGACCAACGGUGCCGCCGUCCCUGGUAAGAGCCAGCAGGCCGCCGCCAUCAAGUCUCUCGCCAAGCACGUCGGCUCCAAGUCCAUCUUCUUCUCAUUCGCCAAUGACCUGUGGAAGCCCGCCGGUAACUUCGGUGUCGAGCGGUACUGGGGAUGCGCCGAUUCCUUCACUCAGUAA